UUCAUCCGAUUGUAACCACUUUCCAAUGAAAAAUAACCUUAAAUGAGAACAAACCUUCUUUAAAUAGUAAAGAACAAACUUGUGGUUCUAAAAUUAAAAUACCAACCUCUUCCUUGAAUCAUCAACAACCAUCAUACUACGCAUUCAAAACUACUCAGAGGAAAAAAAUAUACAUAAAGAUGGAAGGCAAAUCCCCUGCUGCUCUCAGUGCUAUGAUGAUCGGUGUACUCCUAAUGGUACUUUUCAUGGCACAAAAUACUUCCGUUGAAGCGAAACCAAUUCACUGGAACUGCGAAACGCCACUUGCAAGACUUUGCUUUUACCAUUGCACGAAGGACCCCGGUACCAUUUAUUGUGGAUUUCGCUGUGGUUGCACUCCGGAGGGUGGCGAACCCAACAUAGAUGAGAUGAUAGAUGGGACCAGUGAUUUCUGCAAGUUGGGAUGUGUAUCCUCCAUGUGCAGUAAGAUAAUAGCUCUCCACAAAUCUGCAGGACGCGUAAGUGAACUUACAGAAGUAGCCGCGGAGCGCUGUAACAAUACAUGCUUCCAGUUCUGCAGCAAGAAAUCUGGCACUGUAGUUGUUGCUGCUAAGUAAGCAAAGGCUUACCGUACCUCAUGCAUGCCUGGAGAGAUAUCACGUCCAAAUUUAUAGUCUAUCCACGGCUAGCAUUCACUGUGUUGCGUUCUUAUAUUUUGAAUAACUGUCGUAUGAUGACAGAGUCCAAUGUUUAAUUACUUGUAUCGUGUAUUAUCUGUGUUGAAAGAUCUGGAUUGCAAUCAUAAGAACUAGCUAGUGUGAUAUUUCCUCAUGUAAACAUGGGACUUUCAUUAGUCUGGAUUGUCAAUAUAUACAACUGAGUUCAAGUAA